CGAAAAUCCAAAACAUCACAACAUAAAUAUUACCACGCUUUUGCGGUGUGCGAGUACCACGGCAAAGUGUCGCAAUUACGUUUCACCAUGCGGCGGACCACGAUAGCAAAGUGUACGAAAUUUUCCGCCGAUGAGCUGCAGAAAUCGCUCUCCGAUCCGCUCUCGUGCGUGGCCGCAGUGCAGCUGAACGAGAUCCUUGGCCUGCGGCCCCGUGACUGCGAGCACAUUAUCAAGGGUGUACGGCGCUGCGUGACGGACAAGAUCGGCCGGUACCACGCGAAGGUGAACGGGAUCGUGCUGGGGUAUGCGAAAAUACGCAUCGACAACGCACUGUCCGCGCUGCGGCUGGACAGCCCGUUUCUGCACGUACGGGCCACGAUCGAUUACUACGUGUUUCAGCCGCGGAUCGGUUCAACGCUGCGCGGUACGGUAAACUACGUCUCGAAGAAGUUUGUCAGUGCCAUGAUCUACCGGGUGUUUAACGUAACGGUCAAGCUGGGCAAGCAGACGGUGACGACGGGAUCGGACAUAACGUUCAUCGUCAAGUCGUGCGACAUGAAGAGCGAAAUACCGGUGAUCGAGGGUGAGCUCGUGCUGAACGACACACUACCGCCGGUGAACGUCAAGCAAGAACCGGACAGCAAUGAAGAGGAAGAAGUACAGGACCAGCCGGACCACAACAAUAGUAGCGCAAGCAAAGCGAAGAAAGCGAAAAAGCAAAAGGUAGCGGAAAAGGAAACCCCGAUAAGGAGGAAUAGCGUUGCCCCACCACUGGCUCAACCGGAUGGUUCUACCGAUUCAUCCGACGAUUCGGACGAUUCGACCGACGAGAAGAGUCUGCUGAUUAAGUCGCUGAUCAAUCAAAUGUUUGGCGAUCAGUUUACAAACGGCGACAGUAGUGGUAAGAAGCAGAAGAAAACACCGAAAAAGACGACCCCGGCACUGGAAUCGUCGCCGACGGUGGUGGCUCGCGUUAAGCAGGAACCGAUGUCGACGGAUGAGGAGGAAUCGGUGGAUUCUGGCCACAGCACCAGUCAGUCGAACGAAACCAUCCCAACGGCAUCGUCGUCGUCGAAGAAGGUUCCGUCCAAGGGGACGGUGGAGAAAAAACGUAAGAAGAUACGGUUCGAUCCUAACGAUACGAUCACUUACAUCAAAACGGAACCAACUGAAAGUAGAAAAAAGAAGAAAAGUGUUACUGAAUAAUAGAACGUUAAACGUGGGAUUUACAACAAAA